AUGCAAUUGCGCAACUCAACUAGAAUUAAAGCGAAGGUGCUCUUUGAGGAUAUAGAAGAUGACAAAGAAAGGAGGCCAGAAAAAAAAAGGAGGGUGACUAUCUCAAAGGAAGAAACAGUAGAAAGUAGUGGUAAUGUCUCAAGUAGUGAACUGCAAAUAGGCGAUAUUAUGCCAGAUAUUACUUUAAUGAAUCAAGAUAACCAGAAAAUAUCGCUGCAAGAAGUUGCAAAGAAUAAUAAAAUUUUAGUACUCUUUGCAUAUCCCAAAGCAUCGACUCCAGGAUGUACUAGACAAGCGUGUGGGUUUCGAGACAACUACGACGAAAUUAAGAAACAUGCAGCAGUUUUCGGUUUAAGUGCAGAUUCAGUAGUAAGCCAGAAAAGGUUCCAAGAAAAACAAAACUUACCAUUCGAGCUGUUGAGUGAUCCAAAAAGAGAAUUAAUUGGCAUUCUUGGGGCAAAAAAGACACCCCAAUCUGGAAUUAUAAGGUCACAUUGGGUUUUUCUUGACGGUAAACUGAGGUUCAGAAAUAUCAAGGUGUCCCCAGAAAGAAGCAUCUCUGAAAGUAAGAAAGAAGUCAUGGAAUUAGCUGAAAAAAAUUCAAGGUAA